CCUUCUAAUACUCUUUUCCUAAACAUGUCUACUAGACCUACGUUGCAAUGAUAAAUUCGUGGGUUUUUUAUUUUUCCUUGUGGUCACAUGUUUAAAUAAUUUUUACUAACCCGUUAUAUUGCCAUUUGUGUAAAUUGCCCUUAUAGAUAAAUGUUAGAGAUAGCCAAAAAAAAGGACUUAUAUUGUUAUCUAUUUAAAAACUAAAGUUGUGGUGUCUAGCUAAUUAACAAUCUUUAUAUGUACCAAUAUUGCUAUCCUCAAUUAUUAGUAAUAUAUAAUAUAAAUAAUAGUAGUAGCUGCCGGUCAUAUUUUUUCUCUCUUUCUCUCAAGCAAAACUAAAAACACAACACAUACACAAGCUAUAUGGCUGGUAUGCUUCCCGGAGUCGAGUGUGCAAGGAGGCGACGCUUCCACGGUGGUGCUCCCCCGAUUGAAUCCACGAACACGGCUGUGGCGGCAGCAGCAGGACACGUCUGGACGCGGCGACCAUCGUUUUCUCUUUACACUACCAAUCAUGAAAGCCACCAGGCCCAUGUCUCCUUCUCGGAGAGAAGUGUUAGGAACAAAUCUUAUGGAGAAGACAACGAUGAGAAACUAGACGGAGCAGCCAAAGAGGCAAAGAAGAGGCUGAACGAACGGCUGAGAAUCCCGCGCAGAAGUUCAGGCAAAAUGGUAAAGAUAAAGGGAAUAAAUUGGAGCAAGGAAAAGGUAAACCGCCCGGGGCGUUACCGACUGAGGUGGUCGGGUUAAAGAAGAGUCGAGGAAGGUUGAUCGAAUGGUUCAAGUGGAGAGUUAGGGAACAACAAGAUUGUGCUAUAUGUCUAGACCAAUUCAAGAAGGGUGAGACGUUGGUACACUUACCAUGUGCCCAUAAGUUUCACUCCUUAUGCUUAUUGCCUUGGCUAGACACCAAUGUUUAUUGCCCAUAUUGUAGAACGGAUAUUUGGAAUUAAAUGUUAUAUUUUAAUGUCAUAUUUCGAGGUA